CCAACAUGCCAGAUCUCAACAUAGAAGACAUCCCAUACAGCGAGCUUUCGCAUGAAGAGAGACCAUACCGUCGUGCUCAGAUUGUGGCCCUCACAAAAGCCAAAGUCCCAAAGGAGAAGAUUGAGGAGCAGUGUCUUGUCAAGAGAAGGACAUUGGAGGAUAUCACUAACCGUUGGUGGAAGACGGCCUCCUACCGCGACAGCCCUCGUUCUGGACGCCCUCAGAUCCUUUCCAAACGCGAUAAGGACGAGCUCACCCGCAGUGUUCGCUCAGGCAAGUACAACAACGCUGUGGAAGCUACUGCUGCCUUCAAUCAUGGUCACCAAAGGGAUGUUUCAGCGGAGACGGCACGCUUGUUACUGCUCAAACGCGGAGCAAAGUGUGUUACAAAACCGUUUAUGUCGACUGCAACUCGGGAAAGGCGUUACCAAUGGGCAAAGGAGCACUUUCACUGGAGGAAGGAGGACUGGAUGCGGAUCAUCUACACCGACGAAUCGAAAUUCCAGCGUUCUGGGCCAGGACAUGUUGCAAAGUAGGGAGAAUGAAUUCAUUCCUCGGAUGCAUUCUGGUGGUGGGAGUAUCUUCGUGUUUGGUGGAAU